AUGUCAUUCGCACCCGGCCUCCUCCCGCGCCUGUUCCCCACCUCGGCCCCUCGCGCUCUCUUCCGCCCGGCCGCCCGAUCCCUACACACCUCCCCCUCUCACUCCCAAUCUCAAUCAGCCGCCGCCCGUUUCCUCGCCUCGCGCGCCCCCGCCCCUGUUCGCGCUAAAGCAAUCUCCAUCCCCCGCUCCCUCCCCCGUUCAUCCCGAAACCAGCUCUACACUUUGGGUCUCGGACUCUCUUUCGUAGCGUAUACGGCCUUCUCCCCGUCCCGCUCUGUCCAGUGUCAAUCGGCCACUAGUCCAGGUGGGGUGUUCGGCGCCAAGCCGGCUGCGAGCGGACGGGCGGAUGAUCUUCCGGAUAGCCCGGCGAGUAUAUUGAGCGUGUCGGAGUUGGGAUUCGGGGCGGUUGCGGGGAUCUGUGCGGGUGUUUUCUUGAAGAAGGGGCUGAAGGCUUUGGCUUUCUUGUUGGGUGGAGCGUUUGUCUUCCUCCAGUACAUGAACUCCCGAUCCCUCGUCAAUGUAGACUGGGCCAAGAUUUCCUCGAAAUACGACGAGACGUUCGGCACGCGUACCUCCUCGGGUAUCCGCGCGCCCAACGUCAAGGGCGCAUACAACUGGAUCGUAGACUUUAUCACCGCCAACUUCCAGCAGAGGGCAAGCUUCCUCGCUGGGUUCGCGCUCGGUAUCCUCAAUACACGUUCGUAA